AUGGUCAACAACUCCCAACAGCACAAUCUGACUCCACGCGAGAGCGUAUAUCAUCUUAACGUUGUCGGGAAUAUGCGUAGUGCUCAGCACAAACCCGUAUACAUUGCCGGCUCUGACCGUGUCACAUUGAACGGUUCUGGCCGUAUUAUCCAGCAUGGCUCAGACCGUAUAAUCCUGAACGGCUCAGACCGGCGUGUCAUCCUGAACGGUACAGACCGACCCGUUUCUGAGAUAUACGACUCUAGCGGAGACGCACGCAUCGCCAGGCUCGAGGGAGAGUAUGCGACUCUUGAAAUGUGUGAGAAUGUAUUCCCUGUAGAACAGGGUGAGCAAGGAAUGGAAGAAAUAUUGAAAGGAAAUAACAAGGGUGAAGCUUUCAGAGGAGAUCUCGUCAAUUGGACUACAUAUCGUGAAGGUGUGUUGGGAUAUUUGGACGAUGACGAGAGUAUCGUGGAGAACGAGACGAAUGUGGAACAGCUUUCAGAUGCAGGUAACGGUAAUCACCAACUGGUGGUGCGCACAGAUAAUGUUUAUGGUUUGAGUUUGACAGCGACUGAUCAGGAGAGCAACAACAGAAUUCAGCAUGUGAUGGGUGUUACGGGUGUUAUUGAGAGUAGAGGCACGAACUACGAGAAAGACCUUGCCGUAGGGCCCAAGAAUGCGGGUCAGAUCUUCACAGACGAAAUGGUACGCCGCCUUACAUCAGACAUGGAAGCUCUUCACCUUACUGACGAAGCUAUGGAUGAUGAGUCGAAGUUGAGCAAUGGACAAGACAGUGUUGAAGCUACUAAAGAUGUGGGUAAAGAGAAGAGUAUUGAGAUUGAUACUGACCGCCCCGACUCACCUAUGUCGACGAUGAGCUCGCUUUUCGGUAGGAGUCCAAGUCCUGAUGCACAAGUGCCGCCGCCUGCCAGUAGGUCCGUCCACAACCCCAACUAUACCGUACACAACAACCGCAUCACCGUACACACCACCGACGCCCUCGCGACUCGCCGUCCGCUGCAUCACCCAACCGUUCGCACGAUCAACCCGGACGGCUCUUUCAUCUACUUCGAGCGCAUUCCUCUCGCGCACGAGAUAUCCAAGCAUUGGAGGGAAUGUCUUGGUACCUUCAUCGCCAAACAUGUCCUCAAACUGCAAGUCAAAGCGGACGGCAUCCCACUGAUGCUUUCUCGUUUCCCUGACGAUUAUGUCUUGUAUAUGUUGAAGAGCGGCACGACGAAGAACGAGAUGAAUGCGGAUGUGAGUUAUUACCUUUAUGGGUCGAGGUACGUGAACCACUUCAGGUCGCCGAUGGAGUUCGGGCUCCACUUGAAGUGGUUGAUGAAGGGUAUGCCCAUGAGGGGCGGUAUCGAGGGGCUUGGGAGGAAAGGUAAGAGGGGUACCAGGCGUUGCCUCUGCGUGCACUGUCGGGACGAUGGAGUCAGCCAGAAGGACAUCAGGAAGAGGUAUUUCGGUGCGAGUGGUACGAAGAAGAGAAAGAACGGAAGUGGCAUGUCAUCUAGCAGGGGCGUGAGGCGGCGUGGGGAGGACCACGUCGUCGAUCUUGCCAAAGCCAAAGAUUACAGGUCCGCAGGUGCGGUGAAGGUCUCUCGGGCAACACAGACGGUGUAA